AUGUGGUCCGGGGUGCGCACCGUGUGUCUCACCCUCACCCCCGGCUCCUCCUGCCCUCCCACCACGCAACGAAAACUUAAAAAUGCCGCCGCAGCGCAACCCGAAUCGAUAUUCGCCGGUGCAGUCACGUGGGACGGUUUCGUGCCGCGCGAGCCAAUGAGCGGCCGCGACGAGCGCAGCUCGCUCCGCCUGUGCUCCACGGGACGACGACACGACAUCUGCGUGCGGUGGUGCCCGACGUCUGUGUGGUCUGUGGUACCCUAUCGUCCACCGGAAGAAGAGCGCGGAGCCGCGACUCGUAAGCGACCCCGUAUUUACUCGUACAUAUUCGCCGUAGUAGUUGUCUCGCGUGCAAAAAAGAGUCAGCCAGUCGUCGUGGCUACGGAACAGAGUGAAAGAGUAGAGGAAGUGACUGCGGUGUACGCGACGGAGAUCGAGAGCGCUGAGCGCGAAGUCGCGUGUCGUAUCUUUGCUUCCAUCGAUAUAUCGCUGAUCGUAGAGCGAAGCCGUUCCGCGGUCGAUCGCGAGAUAAAUCCCGCUGUGUCCGUCCCUCCCCCCUCCCGUCACGACCAUCACCGAUCACGUCGUGGUCGUCGUAUCGCGCGUUGAAUCGUUGAUCCGUGCCGUCGCGUCGACGCGGUGAUAUCGCGGCGGUCGGUGCGUAGCGCGGCGGCGAUCGAUAAUCGCGAUCGAUAUCGGGAUUGUCGCCCGCGCGUUUGUGAGUGGUACAUAUAUCAUAUCGGAUACGUCUCGCGAUACGUGCGCGCGCGCGCUGCCCGCGCGGAAAAACUCUUAUUAUGCGACUACCGAAGUCGCGCUAUAACCGGGAACGGCGGGGAUCGGAUUAACCGAGAAGAUAGAACGCGAGACGCGGAGAAGAGGCGGCGGAAGAAGAAGAGGAGGUGGAGGAGAAAGAAGAAGAAAGAAUUCAAGAUAGAGGGAGAUAAUCACCGCGACGGACGAGGACACGGCGAGGAGCGCUCGUCGUCGGCCUACACCAUCAGCCAGGGUGGCAUCUCCUCGCGGCACCAGCUGCACCCGCAUCAGGUCCAUCAACGCGGCACCGUGGUAACGCACGGCCAACCCGCCGCGAGCACCCACGUGUCCUCCCUGUAUCCGGAGAUUUUGGCGCUCAUCUUCAGCUACCUGGACGUCCGCGACAAGGGACGCGCCGCGCAAGUAUGCACCGCGUGGCGCGACGCUGCCUAUUAUCGCUCGGUUUGGCGAGGAGUCGAAGCGCGACUGCACCUCAGGAAACAGGCGCCAGCGUUAUUCGCCAGCUUGGUAAGACGUGGCGUGAAGAAAGUACAGGUGUUGUCCUUGCGACGCGGCCUCAGCGACGUUCUAAAGGGCGUGCCGAAUCUCGAGGCGCUCAACUUGUCCGGUUGCUACAACAUCACUGACUCCGGUAUCCUGAACGCUUUUUGCCAGGAAUACCCGUCCCUCAUUGAGCUCAACCUAUCGCUUUGCAAGCAAGUGACAGACUCCUCACUCAGCAGGAUAGCGCAGUUCUUGAAGAAUCUCGAGCAUCUUGAACUGGGCGGUUGCUGCAACAUCACCAACACCGGUUUGCUGCUGAUCGCAUGGGGCCUCAAAAAACUCAAGCGACUGGACCUACGAAGUUGCUGGCACGUGUCCGAUUUGGGCAUCGCUCAUUUGGCCGGACUGAAUCGCGAGACCGCCGACGGUAAUCUCGCCUUGGAGCAUCUGAGUUUGCAGGACUGCCAACGAUUGAGCGACGAGGCGCUCAGGCACGUGUCGCUCGGCCUCACCACUCUCAAGUCCAUCAACCUGUCGUUCUGCGUCUGCAUCACCGACUCCGGCGUCAAACACCUGGCCAGGAUGUCGAGUCUACGCGAGUUAAACCUACGCUCGUGCGACAACAUCUCCGACAUCGGCAUGGCGUACUUGGCUGAGGGCGGCAGUCGCAUCACGUCGCUCGACGUGUCGUUCUGCGACAAGAUCGGUGAUCAGGCACUCGUGCACAUCUCUCAAGGUCUGUUCAACCUCAAGUCCCUGUCACUGUCCGCCUGCCAGAUCAGCGAUGAGGGUAUCUGCAAGAUCGCCAAGACUCUACACGACCUCGAGACCCUCAACAUCGGCCAGUGCAGCCGGCUCACUGACCGGGGUCUGCACACCGUCGCCGAGAGCAUGAAGAAUCUCAAGUGCAUCGACCUGUACGGCUGCACGAAAAUCACCACCAGCGGCCUCGAGCGGAUCAUGAAGCUGCCACAGCUCAGUACGUUAAAUCUUGGUCUGUGGCACGUGCGGUGAUGGCUUUUUCCGUGGCUAAGUGCUCUGGACGAACGCUGCCAACGUUAUCGUCAUCGUCAUCGGCAUCGUCAUCGUUACCAAGGCGACGGCGACUCCUCGCAGCGACCCAAGGAUAACUUCGUCUUCGCGCGCAUGUUCCUGCCGCAGGCGGUAAGUCCGUUUCUGUCGCUCGGCGCACGAAGUCGCCCGAGCGCCCUCGACAUCGGCAUCUACGACGUCGUCAGCGAAUAGCGUUUAGCUCGUUUCUCCGCCCGAGACGGGAAUUUCCCCCUUUCUCGAGGGGGAAACAACCGCUGGUUCUCGAAGGGCACCGUUUUUCAAACGAAUGGCAUUACGUCCCUUCGAAGAGCGCUUUCUUUUCAACAAAAAAAAAAAGAAAAAAAAUAGAAAAGAAGGCGACCGUUUCGAGCACAUAUACGCAUUUCCGAUCGUAUUUGAUCGUCGCGCGUCGAAGACGAUCGCUAGAUUAAUUAAACGAAGGAUUCGAAGAGUCUCAAAUGCCUCGAUUCUCGGCUCGCUCGACUCUCGAAAAUUUAGGGAAAAAAAAAAGGAAACGAAUGUCGCGUCUGGGAUUUUCUCGCUCGUUGCUUCCGCAAAGCUACGAUCAACGACACGCACGCACACGCACACAUACACACACACACACAUACACACACACACAG